AUGGCCCAGCUCACAUUCCGGCGACUGAAGGCACGUACGAAUGCAACGUCACAUGAUGCACGAAAGCGACUCACAUUGCCUUUCCGGACACCAAGCGAUCUCAAUUUGGUUUCGAUCUCUGUCCCAGAGCGGAUGGUCUCGGAGCUCCUGGCGCGCAAUCUGCUGGAAGGGCACGACAAUGUCGAGCCCGUGAUGAGUGGCAAACACUUCUUGGUGGUGAAGCGAGAGUCGCUCGAUUUACCAGUUUUUCACGAGGUAUACGGAUACGAGCGAUUCAUGGCGAAACCAUUCGUCAAGGACUACUUGCAAAGACGAGAGCUGAUGUUUGGGGUUCCACCAAUCCAUACGUUCUGUUCGUUCCGAGCUAUGACGGCCAGUAUUCUCGAGCAGUCGAUAGGAGAAGCGGACACACAGAAGGUCCUCGCACACGCUGUGGGGUCAUCAACCUUCCGGAGACACUACGAUGUUGGCUGCAAUCAUAUCGACUUGAUUGGAAUCCUUCUGGAGGAGGGUAAUCGUUUGGAGCAGGGCACAGCACGAGAACCCAACGUGGUAUCGAGAGGCGAUUUUGAAGUCGCCAAGAGGAACCUUGGGAUCGCAAAUGUAGUGAGCAAGGAUAAGAUGUCCGUGUUCGUCGACGAAUAUCAACGCCAGGCAGAGGUCCUGGAUCAGGUCAGCGUCGACGAGAGGAAGAAGAACCUGGGCAAGUGCACUUUGAUUCCAUGGCUCCAGGAACAUUCAGGUCGGCACGACUGGGGUGCCAGCUACAUCUUCAUCCGUGAGAUGAGAACCACGCCUGCACAAGAGAACGUGACGUGCACGGUGGAUGAGAUGCUGAGCAUGCUGGGCGUGCAGGGCGUACAGGACAUGUCUGAUCCUGGCCAACUCCAUGCGACAUCAAACGCUUCACAAGGAGAGAUAACCUCUACCGCGCACGAUAUGUGUAAUGCCUUGGCACGCCUGAACAGCAAAAACUACAAGGACCAAUCUUCUGACAGGGUUCCUUUGCGAUGCAAACGCCCGAGCGAUGAAAUGGAAACGCCGUAUCAGCCUGCCGAGGGUCUCAUCACGAUUCCACCUGCAAAGGGUCGUACCAAAAAGGACCAGAAAGCGAAAAUCUUGGAUCGGCUGGAUGAGUUGUUGAAACCCGAGCACAGCAAGUAUGUUAUUGACGAGGAUGUCGAGGAGAUGCUACGAGCACCGGACAGAAAGGGCUGCUCAUUGGUGUUUUCACGUAUGAGGAGAAGGAAACCCCUUACUGAGGGACACCCUGUCCUGGAUCCCGAGAAGCAGCGAGAGAACAACGAGCAACGGUUGGCUUAUGCAGAGAAGAUGUCCCAUGGAGCGUUUUUCACGGACCAAGACGAAAAGGAUGUUCGACAUGCACAAGAUUACAAGGCCUGCUCGUGGGUGAUUGAGCGGAAUUACACUGUCAAGUUGACUGAAAACGAGGAGACGAGUAUUAGAGAGGCGACUUCAGAGGUCUAUCUGCGUCGGCUGAAAAAGCGAGCCCAGGACCGCAUAGCGAGGGUCGAGAUUAAGGAGACAGGAAGGCGAACAGGGCAGAGAAGGCAGACAAGAAGUGGUGAAAGGGACCCGGGGGGCGGGGGACGAAAGCAGGUUGGGGGGGAGGCCAGAGAGUGCAUCGCCCCUCAAGACGACACGGGGCUCUCUUGCUGUGCCCUCCUCCAAGCAGUUGUCGUCCUCUAA